AUGUUGGCCUUCAAGUCUUUCGCGGCCAUCGUCGCUUGCCUGCUGGCGUCCAGCGUGCAAGCGGAGCUCCCAACCACGAAGCUGUCGCACCCGUCGGGCUCUAACGCCGAGGUUUUCCUCUUCGGAGCUCACGUGAAGUCGUUCCGCGCGGCCGAGGACCCCUCCCGCGAUGUCAUCUUUCUGUCCAACCACUCGUACUUGGACGGCGUGAACCCCAUUAUGGGCGGUAUCCCUCUCGUGUUCCCCAACUUCGGCAGCGCCAAGGGUCUGCCCGGCCACGGCUUCGCCCGUGUCACCAACUGGACGCUGGCGAGCCACUCGGACGCCACUGACGCGAACAGCCCCAGUGUGGCCAAGUUCACCAUGGCGGCCAGCGACGCGACCCGCAAGAUGUGGCCCGUCGACUUCAAGCUCGAGUACGAGGUCAAGCUGUACGCCAACCAGCUGGAGACGGCUCUGCGCGUGCGCAACACGUUCACGCAGCCCAUCGACUUCCAUGCGCUGCUGCACAACUACAUCUACGUGGACGACGUGCGCAACGGCAACACGAAGGUGUCGGGUCUGUCGGGUCUCAAGUUCUUUGACAAGGUGGCUCAGGUCAACAAGACCCAGUCGGAGCCCGAGCUCAGCAUCUCCGCCGAGACCGACAGCAUCUACUACAACGCGCCGUCGCCCCUCGUGGUCUCCUCGGCUGACCGCAAGGUGACGAUCAAGAAGGCCGGCUCCAUCACCACGGGCAGCAAGGCCACCCGGACCCAGACCGACGCCGUGAUCUGGAACCCGUGGGUCGAGCGCUCCAAGCAGUUCAAGGACUUUGGCGCCGAAGAGUACAUCAACAUGCUCGCCGUCGAGCCCGGCCGCGUCUCGGAGAAGCAGGUUCUGCCCGCCGGCCAGACGUACACGCUCCAGCAGACCAUUAGCGUCGCCAAGGCCUAA